GUCCUUGACUUUUAAGCGCUCCUUUAGGGUUGUGAACAUUUGUAUGGUUGGUGGUCGUGUUGACAUCGACAAACGUCAAGAUCCUUCAAAUUUUCAAACAUGCCACAAGAAUAUCACGUUUUGCAGUGUUUCAGUUGUGAGACGUUUCAGGUAGAUAUCGUAAAAAAGUUGCCCAAAUGGGCUUGCAAAAUGUGUGGAGAAAAACAAUCCGUUAAGAAGGUCUAUGCUAAAGCUUCGGCGAAAGAGUGCCGUUUAAUUGUGCAGUCUCUUAACGCACAGAGAUUAGUGCAACCAAAGUUUGAACGUGCUGGGAGCCCCCUUGGUGAAAGUGCCGAUGAUUCUGCCCUUUGCAGUGAAAAGACAAACAAAUGGGCCGAGUUUGUGACAGGUAAUUUGCUUGAAAGUUGUGAACAAUCCAAAUUUGACUCACAACAGUCACAACCUGCGUUCAAACAAGUUAUUGAUAAUGAAAAAACACGUAAGUGGCCCGAGUCUGGGGCCAGUAUAUUUGAAGAUGAAAGUGAGGAUAUUGAUUCAAUGUUUGAACUGUGAGGAAUAAAUAUAAGUGUUUGAUAA